AUGGACGUACUAUCGCAUUACAGUUCCCCCGUAGUUGAAUUUCCAGCCACUCAGCCCCUGGAAAAGCAAUAUGCCCUGGUGGAUAACUGCACGGGCACGGAUCCACCGCCGCCCAGCAAAGAUGCCACCACGGGAACGCAGGAGCAGAUGCAUGUGGCCACCCAAACGGAGCAACGAUUGGCUAGCAGCAAGGAUGUGGAAUACGACGAAAGGGCUUUGGCCAAGUUCCUGCGACAAGUUUGUCCAGUGAUGGAGCGGGAGCUAUUGAAUCCCACUCCCCUGAUGGAAGAUCCAACAACGAUGCAGUGCCGCUUGGAGGAGGAGCUGCAGGUGUACACCUACCAGAAGUUGUCGAUGGGAGGUGUGGAAAACUCCCAGGGACUGGCCAUCUGGCUGUGUGUGCACACGAAUAAUGCUCCUGUUUUGGUGGCCACCACGGUGGCUCCCCAUGAUGACUGGUGCGAGCAUGUGGAUCAGCAGCUUAAGCUGUUCGUUCCCCAGCGGAUGUCCAAUGGCAACCUGGUAAUCUACGCCGAAGCCAAAGUUCUGCCCUUGAAAUCAUGCCUGCGAAGUCUGAGCACUAAUCCAUUCAACAAGACAAUGUUUGCGGGUUCCACGAUGGAUGGAGAGCUCUUCAUCUGGUUAUAUGAGCAGGCCAGAGGUGCCGCCGAUUCCAGCGUGGAUAUCAAACAGCUCUAUGGGGUAUCUUCCACCCAGGGAGCAGCAGUUGCUCUCGACUGGCCGAGGGAACACCUCCUGCUAGCUUGCUAUGCCAAUGGCAGUGUAAGACAAUGGGAUCUGAGCAGGCAGAUGACUCUGGAUUGGGAAUACUCCCUGCCCGCCUCGGUUACCUCAGAGCCCACAGCUAUGGUGGCCCUAGGACUAGAUGAUUUCGUGCUGGGCACUAACGAUGGUGGCGUCUACCGCUGCUGGAGCACUGGACGUCAUGCUGCAGCCACCAAGCAGAUCCAAUUGCUGGCCCUACGGCGACAUCGUUUCAUGGUCUCCACGCUGCUCCGAACAGAGAUGGGAGGCAACCAGUUCGUCCUCAGCUGCGAUCUCAGUGGACAGGCUUUCUAUCACGAUAUGCGACUUGUGGAUGAGGAUAUGGCUCAGUUGAUAGUCCAGAUCCCAUUGCCUUUUAAGAACGUCGUCGCUUGCAGUCGGGAUGGUAAUGUGAUCUACUGCCCAGCCAAUGAUGGAGCACUUGAAUACUACCGGGUGAGCGAUGGAGCCCAUGGCCAUGUCAAUGGAGGACUUCGAGGCAAAGGUAGCCUUAUCCGAAGCAGCGACAAUGGUCGCUGGUUAAUUUCCGGCCUCUACGGUGAUGAGUUUCAGAUUUUCUACGUGGAGUAUUAAGAGUCACAUUCGAUUUUGUUCUCAAAU